GGAUCCCGUCCUCUUGCCAGUGUCACCUCCACCAAUGGGGCCCCAGUGGAGAGCCGAUUGGGGCCGGGCUCGCAGGGCGUUCUGCCCCCGCCUGGUGCUCCGAUGGGCGGCGCCUUCGCGCUCUCCACAUCUCCGGUUGUAGUGUGCGCACGCUGCGGGUCUGCUCUGCGAUUCCUCUGGGAAGCUGGAAUACCUCCAUUCGGGAUUUAUAUACUCGCAGAGUAUGCCAUUGUUGUUCCGGAUCCGGGGCUGAUUCGAGGCGAUGGUGGGGCUGGUGCGCGCCGGCGUCCUGCGGACCGGAGUUAGGUGUGCACUGGCAUGUUACGGCGCGACUCCCAAUAAACUAUUUUCAAAGAUCAUCUCUGAGAAUCCCACAUGCGGACUACACAGACUUGUCUUCUACAGCACUUUAGCGCCCUCUAAUGACCUCUCUGUCGAGUACAAGCACGGCCGGCCAGCGCUGACGCUCCCCCUGCCCUCCCGGAAGGAGUCCUGCCUCUUCUUCCUCCGUCCCAUGCUGACGACCGUGGGAGACUUCCUGCGUGAUGUCCAGAAGGAAGACCCAGGGGUCAGCCGGGCCGCUGUUCUCACCACGGGUGGAGAGCAGGUGUCCAGAAUGACGUCUAUGGACGCCCUGCUCAAGAGCGACUUCCAGCUGGUGAUGAACGACGUCACCUACACAGUGCGCUGCCCUGCCCGAGAGAAGGGCCAGUCCGAACACCUGACAGACGUGGAGGACAUGAAGACGCUUGUGCACAUGCUGCACACAGCCACACAGCUGCCCACUCACCACCUACGUCAGGAGAGAGAUCUUAUGCAGAGGCUGGACUUCCUCCGACAAGAGCUCGUGCCCAUGGAGCAGGCGAAGGCUCAGAUUGCCCGUGGGGCAGAAAUGAGGUCGACCCGGGUCUUGUGGGCCGGCUUGGCCCUGCUGUCAGCACAAGGUGGAGCUCUGGCCUGGCUCACCUGGUGGGUGUACUCCUGGGACAUCAUGGAGCCCGUCACAUACUUCCUGACCUACUCCACUAGCAUAGGUGCCUUCGGCUACUUUGUCCUCACCAAGCAGGAUUACGUCUACCCAAACGCCAAGGACCGGCAGUUCCUGCACUACUUUUACAAAGGGGCCAAGAAGCAAGCCUUCAGCGUGCAGAAGUAUAACCGGCUGAAGGAAGAAGUGGCGCUGGUGGAGGAGGACCUUCGACGGUUGAGGGACCCCAUCCGGCUGCGGCUACCCCUAGAACAACUUCAGGCCCAGCACUGAGGAGGCUGUAUGCCCGUAAGCCCGCGGACGACCUGCCGAAAAUGCGAGGAACGGCUCAGCAGAGGCUGCCGGGCACUGAACCACUCUUUGCUUCUCAGCACCAGGCUGAGUCGACCACACCUCCAACGAUGUAACAUCUCCACACAAGGAGAGCAUGAAAAUAAAUAGUUUUUUUUUUCCC